AUGGCAGAACCAGAACCUGAUGGAAAUGAAGGACUGCCUGAGCGUGGCUCUCGAUUCAUCACCCAGAGAGAGAUAGAUCCUCGUCUACUUGAGACCCUUCUCGCUCAAGCACAGUCUAAAUUUCCAGAAAAGUUGGACGCCAUUGUGCGAAAGUAUGGAGCUUUCGAGUACGAAACUUCCGACGACGGUCUGGAGGUACUGGAUAUCGUUCCCCCUACGGAUUAUAUCGAACAUAAUGACCAUCAGGAGAUGGAACGUUGGGCGUCCGGCGACGUGGGCAUUGACCGCGCAAGGUUCCCAUUGUCCAGCGACGCCCUACUUCGUAUCGCCGAAGGUCAACUGGCGAGCGUGCAAACAGAGUGGGACCAGAUGCGCAAUGACCCCGAGUAUCUCGUCAAUCUCAUAACAGACUACGCAUCUUUUUGCGUGGAGGCCACAAUUCCGGACCAGCGCUCGGGAGAGACAUAUUCUCCAGAACAACUCCUCCGGAGCGCCAAUUUCGUCUCCCACCGGUUCCGCUACUCCGUCCAUAACCAUCUGUUGAUCGUCGGGACGUGGUCUCUCAUCGUGACUUAUCUACGGGACGUGCAGAAGUUGGAUAACGAAGUGGGUCGCUUUGGAGAUCGCACGAGACGCGGGUUCAUCAUGAGUCAAGUGAAACAGCUCUUGGACCAACACCAAGAUACAUUAUUCAAGAUAUUUCGCACUUCCGUCUUAGCGGAUGUUCCCUCCAUCCGCAAGAAUGUCAAACGAGAGACCAACCACGCUGGGUUUGCUGGGGCCCAAAUAAUACAUGAAGCCAUUCCUGAAGAGGCCAAGAUCCUUCUUCCUCAGGAGUCACUACACGGCGCGCUCUACAGGAUGCAACUUAUGGCUGAGUUGAGACGAAACAAGUUCCACGUUAUGCACGAUAUCACGACCAACCUCAAUUCAGCGACAGCAGAGGAGAAGGCUAUAUUCACGCCUCGUAUGAUGGAUGCGUGGCUAGACCUCGCCGAAUUAUCCGAUUUGAUCGUGAUGCUCGGCGAAGAUGGCGAAGACUGGGAGCGUACACCGCACGAUCCAAGAUAUCUGGCCCAUGCUCGUGGAGCUCAGCUAUCACAGAAGAUCUUCGAGGAUGCGACGAUUGAGAAGCACGUCAAGUCCAUCGAGUCCCUUCGUUCUGAAGCGAAAGUCAAGAAGAUAUGGGAGGAAAUUGACAAGAUUUCCAAGAAGCGCAACAAAACUACCAUUGAAAAAGUGGUAGCAUUUACAGACAUGAAGCCCUCGUGGACGCACAGACCAUUAGCUCUGCCGUCUGCAGCAGCUUCGCCAACCUCUUCGACUCCCCUUCAACUGCCGCCCGUACCUGAAGGAGCAACGGCUGUGGAUGGGCAAGAGGAUGACUCUCGUGCCGAAGGAUCUUCUGGGCAAUCCUCAACGCUGCCGCCGGUAGACGACAACUAUGCACCCCCGAGGCCGUACACGGACCAACAGCACAUCCGUAGCAACGACUCCGAGCUACCCACGAUGACGAGUUCUAUCAAGAAGUCCAAGGUCAAGACUAGGGGAACAACGCAGCCGACCUCACAACCGACAGCUGCAGUGCGUGCUCAAAUCGACGACACAUCUAGCAAACCUCUAUACCAUGUGAAGAAGAAGGUAUACGAGACUCUUGAGCAGCUCCUUGUCCGAACAGAGCGCACGAUGGUUUGGGACGAGCUGGAAUAUGCUCUCAUUGCUCUCGGAUUUUCUAAAGUGCCUAAUUGUGGAUCUGAGAGAAAGUUCGGGGCACCAUCCGGUCGUGAUCGUCCCUUUUGCAUACAUCAACCUCAUCGACCCGGGAAUUCUUCGGAAGAGAUGCCGAGGCGUAAAGUGAUGCGCCUUGGGAAGCAAUUGAAGACAUUGUAUGGUUGGGACAUAAGCUUCUUCGAGAUUCAAAGGGAUAGAGACUGA